AUGACUGCUGAGUAUAUGAAGGAAAAUGGAGAUGGAAGUGUGGAUAGAUCGUCAAAUGGAGAAAUGAAUUGGAGUGAGGAAAGUGAAGGGUUAAAUGGAGAUGAAGAAAGUGGGAAUGAAGAAGUAAAUAUAUUUAUGAAUGGAAGUGAAGAGAAGAAUAAUUGGGAGGAGGAAGGAAGGGACGAGGAGGAGAAGGAAAAUAAGGAGGAGAAGGAAGUGGAGGAAGGAAGGGAUGAAGAGAAGAAUGAAGAGAGAAAAGAGAAGAGGAAGAGUAACGGUAAUGGAGGGAGUGAAGAAAGUAAAGGGUGGGAGGAGGAGAAGAGCGAAGAGGAAAAUAAAAAUGAAGGAGGAGGAGGAAACGGUGAAGAAAAUGAAGAUAAGGAGGAUGAUGAGUUUGAGUGGAGAAGUCUUGUUAAUAUUAAUGAAGUAAUUGAAAAAGAAGCUGAAGUAGAGGAGGAGGAGGAUGAUCAAUCAACUUUAGGGGGUGAUUUUAAUAAUGAAAGAAGAGAAUCUUUUACUUCUGAAGCAGAAGAAGCUAUUCGUAGAUUGUCAAUAAAUUCUUCUUUUGAUGAAGAUAAAAGGAAGAAAAAUAAAAAGGAUGAAGAAAAGAAAACAAAGAAAAAUAAGGAAGAAGAAAAAAUGGAAGAAAAGAAAAAUAGCUUGUUUAAAGAUGCAAAUGAAAAGAGGAAGGAUCGAUAUAUUUUAAUGAUGGAUGAUUUUCUUGAACAAAUGUCUAAACGGGAGGAAGCUAAAGACCGUGAAAAUGCUUUAUUACGUCGUCAAGUUCAACGUUUAAAAAAUAAAAUUUUUGAACUUGAAGCUGCACAGAGUGUUGCUGUUACUAAAAGGACUCAGAAAAGGGGAAGAAGAUAUAAUACUCGAAAAAAAUAA